AUGGGAAUCUUUCCAGAAGACCACAACAUCCGAGUGUCCCGGCUUAUCAAGCUUUGGGUUACCGAGGGAUUUCUGAAACCGAAUAAGUCCCAUAGCUUGGAAGAAGUUGCUGAGGAUUACAUCUGUGAUCUGGUCGAUAGGAAUCUCAUUUCAAUCCGGAAGUUGGGGUCGACCGGUAAAAUCAAAACGUGCAACAUUCACGAUCUUUUACGAGACGCGUGCUUGAGAAUAGGCAUGAGAGAGAAUUUUCUCCGUGUCGUGAGAAAGGCCGACUCCGCACAAGGCCUAGAUAAUGCACAUCGCAUUGUUUUUUACGAAAGCAUCCCGAAGAGCGAUCACGACCAUCCAGUCUUCCACACCUUGCGAUCGGCACAUCUCAUCCGCUCGUUCAUAUGCGAGGGCGGUCAACUGCCACAUAGGUUUAAGUUGCUGAGGGUGUUGAGCUCGGUCGAUGAUGAUUCCCUGGAGACUAUUUUCCGACAAGUCAACCUGCGUCACCUCGCGUACGAACAUCUACUGCUCUCGUAUUCUAGGCUUCCUUUGUCAGUGUCCCUUUUGUGGAAUCUGCAGACUUUAAUUAUUAGGGGUUCUAUCCAACGUAUUUUGGCCCCACGUGAAUUGUGGGCCAUGCUGAACCUCAGGCACGUCGAGAUAGAUAAACUCUGUCUUCCUGAUCCCCCUCACGGCCAAGGAGAUGUGACCGCCUUGCCCAACUUGAGAACACUAACCGAAAUAAUGAAUUUCAGGUGGAGUACCGAGUCCUGCAGUAAAGUCCCGAACGUAAAAAAACUGCACAUGCAUGUCACGAAGUGGAUUGAUUCGGUGGAGAAUCUCGAGUUUCCAAAUUCGCUCGUGAAGUUGACAUUAAAGGGGUCCCGCCUUCAGUGGGAGGACCUUUCGGUCACGGGCCCUGAAUGGAAGCCCGUGGAGGGGGAGUUCGUUCGGCUCAAAGUGCUGAAGAUUCACUGUGGUGAGUUGAGUUGUUGGGAUGCGGACAGCUGUCAUUUCCCGGUACUCGAGGAACUUGUUCUUGUGGACAUGUACGCGUUGAGGGGGAUUCCUUUUGGCAUUGGGGAAAUUGAUACGCUCAAGGUUAUUCGAUUGUAUUACUGUGGAGAGCCUGCUGUUAUGUCUGCAUUGAGUAUAGUUGAGGAGCAAGAGAAGAUGGGGAAUGAAGGGCUUCGAGUUCGAGUUGUGUUUUGGGAUGAGGACAGUCUGGAGAGGUUUCGAUCUCGAGGGGUUUAA